AUUCCUUCCUUUCAGAAUCAAUUCUCCUUUUUUUUUCUCUCGCUCUCUCUCUCUCUUCAUCCUCACCUUCAUAUUCUCUCCAUCGUCUGCUAAAUAAGGAAAACGAAAAUGGUGGAUCUCGAAAGAAGAGUAUGUUGCAUGUGUGGUGAUGUGGGUUUCUUCGAAAAGCUCUUUCAUUGCAGCAAGUGCCUUAACCGCUAUCAACACUCGUACUGUAGUAGCUAUUACAAAGAGCAAGCUGAUCCAAUUAAGAUCUGCGAUUGGUGUCAGUUCGAAGCAAGGAGUCGAACCGGAGCAAAGCACGGUGUUAGCGGUGGAUCGUCCAAGAGAUCGUACCGGUCCGAAUAUUCUUCAGCACACCAGAUUAAACAGCAAGAGAUUAACCAAAUUACUACAAGUAGUAGUAGUAUUCCUCCAGCAGCCGACAAGGGUAAAACCGGCGUACCUUCUCCUAGACCGGCCACUCGCAGGUACAAGCUUCUCAAGGAUGUCAUGUGUUAGUAAUGUUUUCGAAAUAACCACGAGUUAAGAGGGUUAUCGUGAGCGAAUUAGGAUCUGAGAUAAUAAGACACAUAUGUAUAUGUAAGAUAUAAUUAGGGUGCCGUAGAUUUUGCUAUAUAAGAGUGUGAGAAGCAAUGUAACUUAUGUCAUGGUUGGUCAAUUAGCGAGUGCUUUAAUUAAAAUUAUAGUUUUUUGGA